AUGUCGUUUUCAGGUCCACCAGCUGAGCGAAAGUCCUUAGUUCAGUCUCAACUUUCCUCAUUGGACUCCUGGGUUUUAGAAGACGUCGACCAAAGUGACCCAGCUGAAGCUUCUGAAGUAUUCAGUUGUUCCGGAAGUGGAAAACAUCAAGGAAUUAAACAUUCAGAUGAUUAUAGGACGUUUCACAAUACUUUUAAGUAUGUUGCCAAAAAGCCAACUUCGCCUGAUACAGCUGCUGAAAAAUCGCGAUCUUUUUUCUCACAAAAUAAAGAUCUUAAACUUGAAGGUGUUUCUUCCAAGACAUUUUCUAGCGAUACAGACGAAACUGACAAAGCUUUAUACGCAAGAUCAAAUACAUCAUCCAAAUCAUAUUUUACGUAUCGUGAUGCUCCCAAACAAAGCAAUAUUGAAAAUUUAAGAUUCGGUCGCAAGUCUAAAUCUAGCUCUAGUAGCCCAUGGUCAUUCGGACAGCUUUUAAGCAAAAAACAAAGUGAUGGGCAUCAUCGAACAAAGAGUUCUGGGGCCGAAAUAUCCGUUCCCGGUGAUACUUCUGCUAAAAGGUCGACAUCGUCGAGUCCUAGAAGAGAUCAGGCUAAUCAUGCAAAUUCCAGCCCUAAUGUACAACAAGCUCAGAUGAAGACAAAAUUACGUUCUGCAUGGAACAAUAUGAUUUAUGGUUUAAGAAUUAAACGAGAAGUGAAUUUGAAAGUAGACUCUGCAAUAUGGUUGUUGGGACAAUGCUAUCAUAAUCGAUUAAAUGAUAGUUCUAUAGUGUCUCAAGAUGUUGCUAAGCAGCUUAAAUUAGAUUUACUGAGCAAAAUAUGGCUUACAUAUCGCAUUAAUUUCCCAGCCAUACCAGGUACUGAUCUUGUGUCUGAUACUGGUUGGGGUUGCAUGUUGAGAUGUGGACAAAUGAUGAUGGCCCAAGCAUUGGUGUGUCAUUUUCUUCAACGAGAUUGGAGACUUUCUUCUGAGCAAUCUAAUGAACAAAAACUUCUUUAUAAAAUGAUCCUUCGUUGGUUUGGUGAUUCUAUGUCAUUAGAAAGUCCAUUUUCUUUACAUCAUUUGGUUUCAAGUGGGGAAAGUUAUGGAAGAAAAGCAGGUGACUGGUAUGGGCCUACACAUGCUGCUCAUGUUCUUCGAGAUGCUCUCAUUCAAGCAAAGAAAUGUCAUUCACUUCUAAGAAAUAUUUGCAUGUAUGUUGCUUCAGAUGGAAUUGUUUUUAAACAAGAUGUGUUAGAUCUUUUUGAAAAUGCAUCAGAUAAUUCAGAUUUAGUAUCAGCCAUUGUUGGAGAUCAUAGCACUAUUUCUGAUUUGAACUCAAGAAUGACCAAUUUGUUUGUUAAAGAAAGAUAUUCACUCUCAAAACCCGACUCUGAAAGAAUACCAGAGCCUGCUGCUAACUUGCCUCAGGGUGAUACUUUAGAUGGAAGUUUAGAAAUAGGUCAAGAACCUUUAAGUUUUCAAAAUCCAUGUCCAUCUUAUUCUGACUAUGGUCCGCCUAGCUACAAUACUUCACAAAGAACCUCUAAAAGUCUCAUUUUAUUUGUCUCUGUUCGCCUUGGAAAUGACAAAAUCAAUCCAUUUUACAUACCAUGUCUUAAAAGUCUUCUUGCUUAUGAUCAUUGUAUCGGAAUCAUCGGUGGAAGACCAAAACAUGCUUUAUAUUUCAUAGGCUGGCAAGAUGAUAGACUGAUUCAUUUGGAUCCUCAUUCAUGCCAACCAGCUAUUGAUGUGGAGAACGAUGAUUUCAAUGAAAAAUCUUUUCAUUCUUCCUCCGUAAGAACUAUAUCAUUUACUGAAAUGGAUCCUAGUUGUGCCAUUGGUUUUUAUUUUCCAAAGAAAGAAGAUUUUUUGCUUUUCAUGGAAAAGUUUUCUGAAAUAACUGCUCCUAUGAAAAGAAAUUUGGAUUAUCCUGUUUUUGCUCUGGCAGAUGGUAAAAGAAGCGAGGUAGAAGAAAAUUCAUUACAGUCCCAAGGCAAAUUUAUUUUUUCCCAAAAUAGCAAUGACUCGUCUAAAGAUGAUGAUGAUGACUAUAUUUUAUUGUAAUCUUUUAUUAUUUUAAAAUUUUAAGUAAGCGAUA